AAAAUGACUUUUGUGAAAAGAUCAAAAUGGAGGAGGACGAUUUUGAGUACGAUAUUUCAUUUCCAGCUCCAAGAACAGGAAAUUCUGAUGACGCUGCAGGACCAGUGGAUGAUUUCGAUGAUCUAGGAUUUGAUGAUGAUGAGGAUUCAAAAGAACCUGAACCUGUCGUGUAUUUACUGGGCUGGGCAGGUUGCAAAGACAAAUACCUGGCAAAAUACAGUCAAUUUUAUGAACAAAAAGGAUGCAUCAGCAUCAGGUACAUAGCACCAACAAACGUGACUUAUUUCAAUCCUGCAGAACUACGUAAUAUAGCUGUAAAAUUAUUGGAUCUUAUACCAGAUUACAGCUUAGAAGACAACCCGGUGUUUUUCCAUGUGUUCAGCAAUAAUGGCUGCUUUGUUUACUCCCAGAUAUCAGAUAUCCUUUGUUCCGGUGAACACGAAAGAUUCAACAGUUUGAAAAUAAAGGGAUGUAUAUUAGAUAGUGCACCAGGGAAAAGAAGAAUUACAAGAGCUGCUUAUGCAUUUGCUUUGGCAAGUGGGAAAACAGGACUCUUUCUACAUACAACUUACAUAUAUAUAUUGAUAUAUCUCUUCCUCACUGCUAUUAAAACAAUGAUAUGUUCUGCAUAUUACGGAAAGAAUUACGCUGGGUCUCCACAUACUCUUUAUGGAAGAAUGAAAGACGACAAAUCUAGAUGGCCACAACUUUUUCUCUGUUCUAAAGUUGAUAAAGUCAUUCCUUAUACUGAUUCUGAAGAAGUUAUGAAGUACAGAUCAGAAGUGUUGAAGGUUUCAGCAGAGUCGCAGUGCUGGGAUGAUUCAGAUCAUUGUCAGCACUUAGUGAAGUACAGAGAGAGCUAUAUUGCCAACUGUUAUAGGUUUAUAGACAAAUAUAAAUGAUAGAAAAACUUAAGCCUUUACUUAACAUGCUAGAUUUACCUACAUAAGAGUUAUUUGUGCAUUUAUUUUUUUAGUCUAGUUUAUAUCUGAAAAAUGUAUGCAUUUUUUCAUUAUUUUAUAAGAACAAAAAAAUGGUAACAUACUUAGACACCAGUCAAAGUUAAAAAGAUAAACUGCUAUGUACCACCCAUUAAGUUUAAAGCUAUAUAAGUAUUUCCUCUGAAAAAUGGUAUUUUAUUUUUCCUGUAUUAUUGGUGUGUUGUUUUACAGUCAACAAUACAUAUUUGACUUGUUUAAAAAUUCAAAGCUCUGCAAUCCAUAUUGCUUAGUAAUCCUUUUUGAUACCCAAGAAAAGAUGGUUUUCAGCUUAACCCAGAACAACAUUUUAUAUCAAGUGUAAAAAUGUGUUAUGCAAAUCUUAAACACCUGUAGCAGUUUCAUAUCAUUUGAUUAUAAUCUUUGAUAUACAUGAUUAAAAAAAUAUCAUUGUGUAGGUGCUAAAAUUGCAGUAUAAAUACUACUCAUCGUGCUCAUGCUAAGUAUAUUUUAUACAUGUACAGUACCAUUAAAACAGCAUUGUAUAUUUGAGACCAUUUACUAAUAAUUGACUUAAGGUAGUUUUUGAGUAAGCACUGAUAAUAUAUCUUCCUUUGUAUUUGAUGAUGAUAAAUAGCUAGUAAGAAGACGUGGGUUCCAGUAUAUAGUGUUCUCAAUAAGAUGGGUCCAUGAAUCCUUGUUACCUCAUGAAAAUUAGACUGGAGUCACAAUUUUUUAAAUAGAUGAAUCCCAAGCUGCAUCAUUAUCUGAAACUUUCCCCUUUUAGAUUUGACUGGUAGAUUUAAAUGAUAAGUAAAAGCUAUGAAUACAUUUGUAUGUUAAUUAAUUAAGUUUUUUUCAGAACUUUGAACUCAACAUGGACAAAAAUGAUGAGUCUUUGGGCUCAUUUGAAAAUGUUUUUAAUGAGAUACCCGACUCUGAAAUACCUAUAGUAUUGUAUGUGUUAUAGUAUUAUAUUUUCUAGUGGGAUGAGAACAUUUCCGUUGUUAUGUUACUUGUAGUGCUUGGAUUUGUUUUUGCAUUUUCAUAUACUGUGGAUUCAUGAUUAUUCAUGGGAUACUUACUUUCAUGGAUUUCCUGGGUAUAGGUGAACCACGAAUUUAAAUGUUGAACAAAGUACAUAUUUUCCAUAGGCUUGUAUGCAGACUUUGGCAAAACCACAAAUUCAGAUAUCUAUGAAAAUGGAAUUCUUCCUCAAUCCACGAAAAUUGGUACCCAUGAAAAUAAAUGAAUCCACAGUAAAUUGUUUUAAGAUUCAUGAAUAUAUUUUACAAAGUUUUAUCGUUUUCUGUUAGCUUGUUAUUGUUUUAAUUACAGGGCUUAAAGCCAUUUUUACUUUAUUUAUAUGUAUAUUAAUUUUGUGUUACACAUUUUGUCAUUUCCAGUUCAGUAUUUUAUGCUUUAUAUUUCAAUUUGUUGCGAAUCACACUAGCUUCAAUUUGAUAGAUCAAAUCUGCAUUUAUACCUAUAUGAAAUUUUUAGUUAACAUUUAUACAACACAAGUCACUGAAGUUUGGAAAUUCCCACCUUCCAGUUAGAAGCAGCUGAUUGUUGUUGUAGCUGAUUGAUUCAUUGACACAUUUGUAUGUUGCCAACACUUCUUUAAUAUUGUACAAUUUAUUUUCCUUCUCCACAAACAUAAAUUAACUCUACACAAUAGUUUGAGAUUGCUUGUUGUUUAUUAUUAAUGAGGUAUAUGCAUAUACUGGCUGAAUAACUUUCAUUACUAUUAUAUGAUAUUCUCUUAUGAUUGUGACCUGUUAGGAGAGAUAUUUCUGUACAUAUUUAUACAUGUAAGUGAUAAAAAAAAUGCAUUACUCAGGGUUCUCACUAAGGAAAUUUGAAGGCGAGUUCAGAGACUUGUCAUUUUUGGCCAUAGUGAGUCCAACAGUGAGAAGAAGAAAUUUUAUUGCUAUACAUGUAUAUCAUUUAUUGUUUCAGCCCCCUUGACAAAAUAGAGAAAGGAAAUAACAUCAAGUUUUAAUUAUUUUUAAACUUGUGUCAUAAAAUGAUGAUAUUCAAAUGAUAUUUGUGCUCAGUUUAUACAACAUUUUACAAUUUUGAUGCAGUUUGGACUUACCAGUUUUGAAAAUGACGAGUCCAGACAGAUUUUCAUGAGUCCUGGACUCAUGGACUUGCCUUAGUGAGAACCCUUUACUUAAAUUAAUUGGCUUAUCAAGCAUCAUGGAACAAUAUUGCAGCAUUUCCAUUGGCUAUUAAUUAAGCAUGUGUAUAAUAAGUGAGAUGAUUGAGUGAUGUUUAUUUGUUUUUUAUUUAUAUUACCAUGCGUUCUGAUUUGUAAAUUUAACUUUGUCAUACAAGUUCUUUCAUGAUUUGGUGUAUUAAAUGUUUUCCAUCAGAAUAGGUUAAUACAUGUACUAUCUUCCUUCCAUGUUUGUUUAAUUUUUCUUCCAUCACAACUUUUCCCUUCACAUUUGCAAUGUGGGAUUGUAAAAUUUCUGAUGACAGAUGUCAUGGUUAAGACCACACCAUACAGAAUAGCUGCCUGCAAAUUACCACCUGAGGGAAGUCAAUAAUUCAAUAGAAGUACAUUCAUAAAGAUUUGGAUAAAAUAAAAUGAUUUUCUUUUAAAUAAAAGUCUUUGACUUGUACAUGUGUUUAUAGUAAAAAUUAGCCAUUCCAGAAUAUAAAACCUAUUCCUUUUUACAUCGAGAUGACCGUGAGGUCAUUCCGAUGUAUUGCUAUCGCCUAAAUUUCCAUUAUGCAAAUUAGUUUUGGGUUUUCAACAGAUCUAUAAAAAAAUAUAGAUCCGCGGACAUUAUCUAGUGCAAAAUAACAUUCCUUAUCGCUUGUUUUAAAUUCAUUUUUUUCAAUGGAUGCUCCUAUAAAUAUUUUUUUUAAACACAAAUUAAUAAUAUGAAAAUGUUUUGUCGUUUUAUAUAUAUAUAUAUAUAAAAGUAAAAAAAUAAUUGAUAAUAUCUAUGCACACGUACCGUAAAAUUGUGUUAAAUUUGUGGAAGAAUAUCUCAAGAACGUUUUGUGACACUCGCGGCAAGGACCGGUAACUCUGUAAUUGUUUUUGCGGGAAAAUAUGAAUGGCUCAUAUCCAAUCUUUUAGAAAAAUGGAUUUUUUUACCAUGUGAUCACCAUGCACUUCCACUGCACUAUUAUUAGAAUAGUACAAUAGAAUGAUACACAAAUGGAUGCAAGUUAUAUAUACAUGUAACUGUUAUAUUAAUAUAAUAUAUAACAACAAACCAGUGUAUACAUACUCUGGGACUAUUAUUAUAUUAGUAUAAUAGUCCCAGGUAUACUGAUUUGUAUCACUACAAUAUAAUAGUUAUUACGGUGUGGUUGAAUUUCCUGUCAUUUAUUCAUCAUCCACGCACGAACUAGUCUCAGAAAAAAAAUAUAUCUGUACAUUAACCUCAGUUUCAGGUAUAGAGAUGUGAUCUUCUUCUGUGACAUGUGCUUUUGACCAUCCACAAGAACUUGCGGUCAUCCGAUGUUCAGUACUUCAGUACUUUGAUUUUUUGUUGAAUUUGUAGGACUUAAUUGGCUUCUACACUAUUAUCUCCAUAUUCAUGUAUUUAAUAUGCUAGAAGAUGAGUAAGGACAUGAAGGAGACCUUGUAAUUCCUGUAAUAAUCACUUUACAAAGAUUAUAUUAGGAUAAUUUAAGUUAAUUGAGGCCAAUGUGUUACAAAAAACUAAUCCACCUAAUUCAAAUUCAUUAAUUGGUAAUUUUAUGAGUGAAGCAUUUUUCUAUUUUCCUAAUAUGCUAUUUAUAAGUAUGAAGUUUUAAUUGAUAUUACUGUGUGCAAAGAGUUUGAAUGUUAUAUUCUUUGUGUGUAACAUUGUCUGAGGUAGAUAUAAACAUUUUCAAAAAGGUUAAUAAGGACUUUGGCUGAUCAUCAAAGUGAAUAACUUAAGUCAUAUGAUUUUCCUACAAAUAAAUGAGUUUUCCUUGUUCCGAAAAUAUGAUACUGUAAAUUCAGAAGUUAUUGCGAGGUUUUAAUUAAUGCGGAUAAUGCAUAUGCGACUGGAUUAGUAUCGCAAUAAUAAGAACGCACAUUCAGAUAUCUGAUACAUACAUUAGUAUGCAGAUUUGCCUGAAAUCGCAAUAAUUAAUCUCAAAUUUAUGUCCAUUCUACACAAAUCGCAAUAAUAAUUGAAUGCAAUAAUUUCUGAAUUUACAGUACUAUUUCCUUCAUAUUUCAGUACUUUAAGAAAUAUCUCAAAAAUUUUUUAAAUUGGAGUGUUUUUUGUUUUUUUUCCUCUCCAAUGUGAUCUUUAAAAGAUACCAUGUUCAUAUUGCACACCUUCUGGUAAUAGUCAUAGUAUCAUAUUUUGUUUCUAAAGAAAAUAUAACUUUCCAUACAUUAAAUGUCUUGAUGGCAGUCGCAUAGAAAGCAAAAUCUAUUUGUAGUUAUUUUUAUAGUACAUACACCUAAAAAAUGCACAAUAAUUUACAUAUCCUUUAUAUCAUUACAUAUACCAGUAUGGAAUAUCAUUCCAAAAUAAUACACAUUGAGACAAAAUUUAAGUUUCACGUUUACCUUGUAACAAGUAGGAGUAAUAUGAAAUUUGUUAUUUGUAUAUAUAUUGCUUACAAAUUUAUUUAAUAAAGUUUAUCUUUGGA